AUGCAGCUCUCGUUUCUCAUCCCAGCGGUGCUGGCCACUGUGGCAGCGGCUUCUCCCACUCGAGUCCUCGAAAAACGUGCCACUACCAUGUGCGAUACCUGGGGCUCUCUCGAAACCGGCGGCUUUACUGUCUAUCACAACAACUGGGGUGCUGCGCAGGCAACCUCUGGCUCUCAGUGCACUACCUUUGAUUCGAUUACCUCAGGCUCCGUUUCCUGGUCUACUUCCUGGAGCUGGGCUGGAGGCUCGAGCUCUGUUAAGUCGUACUCGAAUGUCGCUCUUGAAGAUGUCAACACCCAGCUGUCUGCUAUAAGCUCGAUUCCAUCUACGUGGACCUGGAGCUACACCGGUUCCAACAUCGUCGCUGACGUCGCCUAUGACCUCUGGCUCGCCCCAUCCGCCACUGCUGACAACAAAUAUGAGAUUAUGAUCUGGCUUGGCGCUUAUGGUGGUGCUGGACCUAUCUCGAGUACUGGCUCACCUGUUGAUACUCCUACCCUUGCUGGGUCUGACUGGAAGCUCUACACCGGCCCCAACGGAGAUACUACCGUCUUCUCCUUUGUUGCAACCAGCAAUAUUACCAGUUUUGACGGAGAUCUGAACGAAUUCUUCACAUAUCUCACCUCCAACCAAGGCGUCAGCGAGAGCAUGUAUGCGACUAGCCUCCAGGCUGGGACCGAGCCUUUCACUGGCUCUGAUGCUGUCUUUGAUACCACCGCCUAUACCAUCUCUGUCGAGUAA